CCCCAUUCUUCCGGCCGAUUGCCUUGUUUCGGUUCAAUUUAAUCGCGAAAUUGCCAAGAUUACUGGUGUGUGAAGGCGUUCAUGCGGUGAGAUCUGUUGUUGGUUGUCGAUAAGUACCAUCUUGACCUCGAGCGCUACAUAAGUAUACCAGAAGUGUUUGCCCCAGUUUGUUAAGUCAACGCUAUUUGAGAACGUGCGAACAGGUCCGCGGGAACGAGAGCGCGAAAACCGCGACUUGAAUCAGUUCAAGUGAAAACUUCAAGCGACCUCUUAGAUUGACAGAUACAAGCCAUUAAGCAAUCACACAAGUCUGCUCAUCGCAAGCUUUUCAGUGAGACACUUGUAAGCUAAGCCGAGUUCGACAACUGAACGGGCCUCAUACAAAAAACGACAUGGUGAUUGCGCGAGUCUGUCUCUUCUUCUUUGUUUCACUCAUCGUUCUCGCAGCGAUAGACGGUCGUAAAAGAACCAGGUGAGUGGAUUACUAUUUUGUUAUUUGUUUCAAAGUGUGAACGUUUCACCGUGAAGCGAGAAUUCCCUGGAUGAUGAUUGACUCUCGAAGAGAAAUUUUUAGUCGCGAGCUAUAUGCUCCGCAACACAACUGCUAGCGCGUGCAAAGUCUUCAUCAACCACGAUUGGCUGGUCUCCGAGUCUAAGCCGUAGAUUUACUUUGAACUUUCGCGACUCAGUAGUCUUUCUUUAUACUUUGCAGGCCACCUCGCAGCCAAGAUGCCUUGAGCUUUUGUUCAUGGCUCAAGGAUAACCAACAAAAGAAGUGCGAAGCGCAACCUCUGCUCGGCUUGUCCGCGCGAGAUGGCGUCGAACUGGCGUUAAAAGAGUGCGGGAAUAAUUUCAAGGAUCAUCGAUGGAACUGUUCAGGUGUUACCAUUGCAGACGUUUUUCAAAGGCAAAGAAUGCUCAAAGCUGGUAAGUUGGGUAUAAUUUUUCCUUUUAAUACCCACUUCGUUCUAGCGUUCCCUUCUUGCUUCCGCUUAGCAACUCUCUACAGUUACAAUAUCAUAACAAAUUUCCUGUCCACUCGUUAUCUCUUAAGAUUUAUUUAAAAGCCAAGUGGUGAGAUAAGCUGCCUUGUUCGCUACUGUCUUAACUAUCGUUAAGGUGGGAAAUACUUGUAUUACAACUGGCCUCUUUGCGGUGAGUAUAUACAGACAUGGACCAACUGCACAACAGAUGUGUGUUGACCAGACGGAAAGAAAAAAAAAAACAUCUGAGAAAAUGUUUUGUUGCAGAAAUCCUUUUCAUUCGCACUUCUAAGGACCUCUUCAGACCGUGUCUAUCACACAAAAUUGUGGUCUGGAUUACGUUUAGCAGACUCUGCAAAUGUUGCGUGGCUUUUUCUAAGCCAGAGAAGGCCCUGAGGCUUUAAACCGCCUCGCGCUCUUUGACGCAACGCUCCACGUUUCAAUUUACCUGUGGGGUGCUCGUUUUAGUAGAUUUAAAGGUUUUUUGGUUUUUUGGAAAUCUCAGCGCCCUCCUUAAGUGAUCUGUGUUUCUAUACAGUUCUAAACAACCUUUCAGCAACAGUUUUUGUUUGGCGCUCGAUGAUAACUGUGUGUUUGUAGCUACUGAAAGUUUUUGUUUGACUAAACAUAUCUGGCGAUUCUACUUCUGCUUUCGCAAUCGUCAACCUUGUCUAUAUGACUUAAUCGGUACCUGUGUUGCACAUGUGAAACGAAUUUACCAGGCUUGAGAAAUGUCUCGGGAAUUUGCAUCGAAGCAAACAGAGUCUUGAUCCAAAAGUCAAACACGUUUUAGGAAUUUUAGUCCCUCCUUGCAAUGAUGCACAGAGCCUCAAAUAUCGCAUUCCUCCCGAGGAAAUAUUAAUUUCAUCGGGUGCCGUGUAACAGAGAUUCACCCUGUAAGUUGAUUGCAUACCAGACCACGAUCGACCUAAACGCUAAGGGAGAUCAUUGUGUGAGGGAGAUCAUUCAUGGAUUUGCGGCCUUUGCAAGCUAUACAAACACAAUCAAAACGUGCUUUCUGUUGUCUUUGAAAACUACACUUGACUAUUCCUGAAGUCAACCCCAAAAAAGGCCCGCCUGAAAACGCGCUAUGCGAAAAACGGCUGUUUAAGAUAUUAGUUGCGGGAAGGCUGGAGCACGAUCACUUUAUAUCAUUCCUUUUUAUCCACGUUAUCUGGGGCCACGCAGACGUUGAAAUAUGUCUUCGUAUGUGUACACAGCCUCGAUAAGUUAAUGCCCCUCGAGGAAAGCUUUGACAUAAAGUGUCAUUUUGUUUAUAACGGGUGUCGUGUAGCAAAUCUAGUGCGCUCGUAUCAACUUCUGUGUCGUAAUGGUCACUUUUCAAUAGAGUUAUCGGAUAACUCGCGUCACUCGACCAUUUUUUUUCUUUGGCGGCUUUCGACAAUUAUCUAAAGAACACUGGUAGGCAUUUUGAAAACAAACACUUUACAACUUGGGGUGAACAGUUUCAGUGUGUACGAUGUUCGUGUUUGCGUCUGCCUCCUUAGGAAGACCAAGUUCGGCUGGAAACUCAAUUGCCGUUUCUUUUUUGAAUGCUCAGUGUAAAAAAUGCCCCGGUCGUGUUGCGCUUCACACAAACGUGGGCAAGCUUAUCUCAGGAAGAAGCGAAUAAGUUACAGAAAUUAGCUUCACCUGCGUCAGUGUUUUACGCUUCCUGUGAAAUUUACCGCAACAUAAAAAAGUAAUUGACGUCACAUACUUUUGUCUGGCUUCUUUUGACUCUGUAAACACUGAAACACGGAAUACUUUCUCUAUUGCGGAAAGAAGUCAGGAGUCAAAAUGUCUGUUGUAAAAAAUUGUGGAAUGGAUUUGUUGUUAUAACAAAGAAGCGUCGUCUACCUUGAAAUGGUGGACAUUAUUGGCGCUCAAUGCUUGGACAAUUUUUUUCCCGUUUUGAGUUAAUUUACUAAAGAAAAUUACCCUUAAAAACUAUCUAGCCAUGAAUAAUCCCAAAAGAUAUCUAUUCUGCCGAGGUAUCAUUAAUCUAUUGCUUAAUAAUUGCGGUCUCUUCUCGCUAUUAUCGAGGUGUAUACCCUAAAGGCAUUAAUUGCUUUUCAUAACCUUUGUUCUUGUGUGAAAUAGCCGUUUGCCAAAAUUGCUCAACAUGAAACACGAAACAAAACUUCGGGCGGUAAUUGCAUAGAAUCGAAGUAAUUGAGGGUUGUGCAAACGAUCAGAACUUCAAACAAACUUUGCCAAUUUUCUUUUAAAUUAACUUUUAAACAAUAGCUUUGUCAUGGCAGGUUAGUCUUGCGUUGUUUUAAAAGAAUAGUAUUUGAAUACCUUUGCUUAUCCUGUGUUAAAAGCUUGGCAUUGAAGUUCUGCUAAGAACCAAACGAAACCAAACGAGUAAGUUUUUUCUGUGCCUUUUGUAAACAAAACAAAUCAGAAAACUGUCCUAGGUGAUGGUCGCGCUGUUUGUUCACAAAAUCCCUAAAUGUUUAUUCUGUUAAAAAUUCUUGUUGGCUGUUUCUCUUGUUGGCCUAAGUUUAAAUCUCGAAAUUUUCGCUUCUUGUUUUUAAAAUAUUCUUACGAUUCUCUGAUCCAAAUUAUUUUUUUCUUGACAUAAGAAAGGACAAUAACUGUGCCAUAGCGAACAAGUAGAUUACAAGAAAACAAGAAGUUGUUAACACUUUUUCUUCCAUGUGUCAUCUCUUGGCCACCCAUGCUUCAACUAUCUUGGCAAGAGAUUUAUGGUAUUCGUUAAGAUAAAGUAUCAUCCCCAAACUGAUAUUUGAGAAGGUCAAGCUUAGGUAAUAUUUCACGACAAAACUGCUUCUCCUGCCGUUUGCGUGCAAACCUAUGCUUUCUUUGAAAUGUUUCCAGCUGUGCAUUCUUGCUACUUUUUAACGACAAGGUAUGUGAAACCAAACAGAAAAUACUUUUCUUUCAAUGUUUUCAAUCAGCAUUCCAAGACCUCGAUGGAAGACCCUAGAACAGAGUAUGACAUCAUCGGAACUUAUAACAAAAUUUUCAUUCCCUUCUCGACUAGCCCCACGGUUUCAAAACCAAACUGAACAGAUUUCAUUCUUUGCUCUUUGAUCUCUUUGUUUAUCAGGGUAGGGGGGACUAUCAUGUCCUCGCCGUAAAAAAUUUUUACCAAGGUCAUUGAAAUGAUAGUACGGGCUUUGAAUUGUUUGCUGUGUAAGGAACGUGCAUCACCGUAAUUUUAACAUGGGACAUCUCCCUUCCCGAGAUUUCUACUCGGUUGGCUUACGGAAAGGUCUUCUCUUUCAAAAAUUUUUCGUUUAAUCAGUCUUUCUUUUAUCCUUUAUCAGGAUUUCACAGGGAUAUGUCAAUGCUUUUUAUUCGUCUUUUCCAGCAGACGGUCCAGACUUGUCUGAGCCGCUUCGCAUUUUGACGCAAAUUGUGGGCGGUUAUUUCGCUUCUGGAGCAUCAUCGUUGUAUUUCAGACAAAAACUUUGACCGAUAAUCUGGAUUAAAUGUGACAGUCUGGUGCACUCGGCUUAAAGCCGACGACUUUUAAUUAAUUUUUAAUCUGCAGAAAGUUCGAACCUUAUUGUCUCAAAAUUUACUCGAUUGAAAUGUAACCUUCAAUCGCAAGGCGAUGUUUUACACUCCUUAAUUUUUCUUCUGACAAAACUUGAAUAUUUUAAACAACUUUCGGGCUCCUGAUUUCUCCCAAGCAGAAGUUAUUCACUAUUUGAAUAUGUCUCGUACGGACUGCAUCGUUGGUAGUACUCUUCAUCAAAAAGCAUUGAAGAGAACUUGUACGUGACUCAAAGGUGAUCGAUCAUGAAUUUGAUACUGUCCUUCGAAGAUAUUUCACAAGCGUUAUUCUUAAGUUUCAGCGCCAUCUGAAGGAAGGAUGGGCAGUGUCGCGGUGCGUCCAAGCAUCUCAUUUCACCACAGAACGCUACGAUUUUGCGUUCAGCUAUGCGAUAAUCUAUAGCCUGUUAAGUCAUCUCACACCUGCGAGGAUAUUCAGACAACAACUUGAGUGCCAGGUCCCUAUAAAAAACAAUUUUGGGAAGUUUGAACUUUUUGAACCAUUAGUGACUCUGAAGAUUGCUUCUUCGUUGAUCCAUUCAGUUGUUCUCGACACAUACAUUUUUCUACACACGUCUCUUACUGAACCGACCCCACACACUCAAAUAAUCUACAAUGUCUACGUCAGGUGCAUGAAAUCAACUUGCAUCAGUGGUCAAAGAUAACGAUAGCGCUCAAUUUAUUUUUAAACGACUUUAUAAAUGCCCACGAUUACUAAAUGAGCAUUACAAACGUGACUUCAAGUCUGUUUUAGCUUCCAAGUGUGAACCUAAACAGUGGUUUCUCUUAAUUUAUCAAAUGAACCUCGGUCUGAUUCGUGCCAAUUAAUCCAUAAAACGCCUUGACAACUGUAGAUCACAACAUCAGUGUUCAAAGUGCCGUCCUCUUCUAAAAUGAAAUUACGGUGGUGACAUCUUCAAAAGAGCUUAAGUUGGUAUGAAACCAUUGUAUGUAAAUAUGGAUACGCAAGGCGCCGCAAAGUCUUUUUGUUUCACAUCUCCAAUACUAUCAUCAUUGAUCAACAUGCAUUAUGGGAAAAGAUGCACAAGCACAUAAUGACAUGUCAGUGACAGUUCUUACUUCAGCUAUAAAGAGCUUUAAGUCUCGAUUUGACGUAAUUUUUUUGAUUAUUUUUGGUCUACCUCACACUGCGAUCGGUUUGGGAAAAACCAGUCAUGUGACACUUUCAACCAAUCACAUGAAAAACUAAAACAGGUGGUGACUGAAACCAUUUGAAACUCGCCUGUGUCAUUCCUUGCAAUAUAUAACAUUUUUCUGUUUGGCCAUUGUCAUCACACUGUAUCCAUGUUUCUGUAUUUAAGUGAACUCUAAAACAUAUAUUUUUUUUCCUCCCGUCUCUUUAGAAUACAAAGAGAGUUCUUACUUGCACGCUAUAGCGUCUGCAGGAGUGACCUUCCAGAUAACCAAGGGCUGCAGCCAGGGAAACUGGGAUGACUGUGGCUGCGAUUCUAAGCCCACAGGGAGAGGAAAAAAAGAAGGGGAGGCCAGCUGGGAAUGGGGUGGAUGUUCGGAGAACUAUCGGUACGGCUACGAGUACUCUACCAAGUUUAUGGACCCGGGCAAGAACGCCGACAAAACCUUAUCAAACCAUCUCGUAAGACACAACAAUGAGGCUGGAAGAAGGGUAUGUUCAAUUUUUUUUUAUCGUUUGAUGAGCAUCGCCAUGUUAUUUUAGAGGUUAUUCUUAAGAACGUUUACUCGUGUCAGUUGAUUUUGUGGUUUGUAAAAAGGAUAAUAGUCAUUAGAAAUAGCAAAUGGUUUUGCGGUUCUUUAUAGCCAGAAGAGUGCCUUGAAAAUGAGUUAUCAGGGAGCACGUGACAGUCGAGGUGGUGCAAAUGAACCCCUCGCACUCUUACAUCAGUAUGCAUAUUCUCCAUACUGUUCCCCGUACAUUUCGUAAGGUGCUGACAAGGAGAAUUUGUUCAACAAUCAAGAACUUUAUUCGUUGGGGAUCAUUUCUUCAAUUCUCGAGACCUUUAUGUUUGAUUCAGGGGUGACAAUGUAAAGAGAACUGAGUUAGAUGCUAAUCGAACUUAGGAAUUAAUGGGUUAAGAAAGUCAAGCCUCGUCGUUUGUGUCAUUCGGAGUGACUACAACAUGAGACAGAUAACUAUACUUUAUUGUCGUAAUAACUCACUAAGAUGAAGAACAUUACCCACAACCCUGUUUAAUUUUUAUGGCUUUACGGUGCAAGUAUGGCCGCACAGACUUCCUGCGAAAAGUAGACCUUUUCACAGAAGACAACAAGUAUGAAAAUAAUUUACCAUAGUUAAAUUGCAGUUAGAAAUUCAUGCGUUUGCUCGGAGCCAGUGCGUUUCCGUUUUGAAGUCCAACGUUUCUUUCCCAAAACAGCUAGUUAUUGGUAUCUAUAACACCGAGCUAAAAGUAUGGUGGUGUUACUCAAUAGCAUAAGUUGACUUGCAGAAAAUUAAAAUGAUAUCAUGGUUGCAUGAGAAGGCUAUUAAUAACCCUACAACUUCGGAUCUAACGGCAUUUCAAGGGUUUCCCUAUGAAGUGUGAAGCGCCCUCCUAUCUGCUGUUCGAGGGCAUCGCCGACUUGGGCGUCGCCCAUGCUAAUUCUACGAACAGGGCGUGUGUAUGUGCGGUAGCUGUGGCUUCCUGUUUUAUGUAACCGUAAUUUUCUGCUCUUUUCUUACCCAUCAAACCACUGCCCAAACUUCAGGUCCGUUACCAACUCGUGAAGUAUUCCGCUUUCAAAAUGUUUCCGUUCUGUGGAAAAAUGGUAAAGAUGCCUUUGACUUUUCCGAAGGUGUUCUUACUAAUAGUGUUGCGGUUUGUCGCUUUUAAAUCGUGGACACCAGUGUGGAGCACGUUUUAAUUCGAUUUUAGCUUUGUUCUACUGUGUCGUUUUCGAUCCUUGACGAUACCUUUUGAGAUAUCAUUGAGGUGACCACCGCCCAUUUCAGUCAAAUUUAGAUGAAUUUAUAAAUUUCAGGCUAUGUUGUCUGUAUCGUGUCCAACAUUUAUAGGAACGUGCUCAUCAAAUCCGUUUAUUUUGACUACUUUGUCAUCUUGUAGUUUGCUUUCCGAGUUACCUCUUGAACGUAAACAAUUAAAAGAUUUACCAUUGGAAUACCAUCAAUGCCGUGGUUUCCUGACAAACAACUUGUAUCGAAGUCUCGUCAAACAAGCGCCGCUUUUCUAAACAGUUUGUUUGAUAAGCCGCUAUAUCUGAUGUGAUCGCUUGUAAUUAGUGACUAUGUUUUUUUAUGUUAAUUUUUGAUAGCUAUUUUAUCGGCAAUUUUUUAACACGCGUUUAGUUGUACGAGGAACUUCAAAUGUUGGCCUGGAAUUAUUUUGAAUGCUCCUUUUUGCAGACUGUUGAAAUAUUUUUUAUCCUCAGCAAUUCUUGCUACGUUUUAGUUCAUUUCUGUCUCUGUUCCUAUUUUUUUAUCUCUUUGCCAUGUUCUGAGCUCCAAGUCGAAAAUUAUUUCCUUUGUCACAAAAUGAUUUAUUAAACUAUCCAGACUCUUCCAUUUAAGUCGGCUUAAAGCACCCUGCAGUCGGCGAAAAACCCCUGGACGUCGGCUAAAAACCUCUUGUAGUUGACUUAAAAUCCUUUGCAGCCACAUGAGAGAUGCGGUUACCUAUACUAAGUAACGAGUUUUUAGAGCAUUAAAACACAGCUUGAUAGAAGACCACUAAUUAAAAGCUUUAUUUUCAAGAGCCACACUCAACAAAUAUCAGGAAACCAUGAGGUAAUCAUGCUAAGAUGAUUACAGAUGACGGAGAUAGACCUUUUUCUAUAGCAAUGAAAUAAACAAACGUAAAAAAUUGAAAGGAACUCACGUUUUCAAAAGCCUUAAAUUCCUAGCGCACAAAUGUUUUCUGUCUUUUCUAUGUCUAGGAUAAGAUUUACGAAUUGCUUUCAAGCUUGAAAACUACAGAUCCAGCUUAAGGAAUUGAUCUUUGAUGACUAGAUCGUCAAAUGCAUCAAUAUAACAUGUUUAUAGGGGCAGUCGAGAAGAUGAUUGCUAGCAUGUUCUGCUCAUAACUAUCGCAAACAGAAAAGAGUAAUUACAAGCGAAUGCCAUAAUUCUGUAAACAAUAAUUUGAGCUCAAAUCAACGUGACAAAUUCUUUUACAGUUUUUAAAGAGAAUUUACAACUUCCGUUAAAACAUCUUUGUUUUCCUCGGCAAACUAAAGAAGCGAAGAAAAAAACCUAAGGAGACAUGGAACACCUUUCCCAUAAUUAGAAACUUGAGCGGCUAUUGAAAUUCUUUGUUGUGCGGCGGUUUAUUUUCAAAGCUUCCAACUAAAUUAACAAGCAUUUGAUAAUUUUAUGAUUCUUAAGACCCAGCGUGGGUCUUAAGUUACAAAUUUUGCGGCUUCCGACGUAAAUCGAAACAAAUUUGAACACGAGGAAGGAGGUUGACCCUUUUCCGGUUGCGACUGUCGCGCGCGUAAAUCGACACCCGCGCGGAAAUUUCGUGGGCAUCGCCCGUUCAGCCUAAUCGCCACUUCAGACUUUGGUUUUCAUGCAGAUAAAACAUGAUUAUCGCCUUCUCUACGGUCUUCCUAUAAGGAUAUUUGUUCAUCAAAUUUUUGUCAUUUCCUUCUUUGUAAACCGCUGUGGCGAUCAUCUUGAUAUCACUCCCGUAAUUAUCAACUGUCCACGCAAUAAAGGUUAUAGAUAAUCUUCUUAUUCCUAAAAGCAUUCCUUCGCUUAUUCGAUAGAUUAAGAGAUUUUUUAAAAAGAUCAAACAUGUCCAGUGUUUCAGAGAUCACUCAAUACUUAACUUUGUUAUAUGGCUAACAAUUAAACACUGAGAACUCUUAUCAAUGUGUUUGGAAUGACUUUUUUAUUACUUUUACCGUGGUACGAAACUAAUAUUUUGGUUUUUAAGGUUUAAUACUCUGUGUUCAUUCCCUGAUAUGUUUUAAGAUAUGUUUUAACCCUUUAAUGUAGGCCACAAUAAAAUAAUGAUCAGAAGCCGCUUCCUAAUUUUUGUUGCUCCUUCAAAAAUUAAAGAGCACUGAUAAUUGUGUAUUUAUUUGUUUUGUCCGUGUGAUUAAAUUUGUUUUCAAUUUUAGCUUCCUUAAAAAGUGCCAUAUGCGCUAUUAUAAGUAAAAUUUAUGUGGGGUUCUUACAACCAUUUUGGUGUGGUGAAUCAGAUUAUUAUUUAUGUUAAAUUACUUUUAAAAAUUGACGAACUUUUCGAAAUUUGGAGCCAUUUUCAAUUCACACAGUCUCAUUUCUGUGCAGCCUAUAGUUCCAAUAAGUAAGCAAACAUAGGUUUUUGCUACAUUUUAUUUUCAACCGAAAGCAUAGCAAUAUAAAUGGUGCAUUUUCGGUAGAAGAACAAGGAUCGCUCAAUUUAGUUUUGUUUCAUAACGCAUCCACCUUUACUCUGUUCUAAACCUUCUCUAUAAUCAAAUAAUCCACAAUGACACGUGUAAGAAUUAUCUAAGCUUAAAAUCACGGUACGGCUCGUUGCGUUUUGCAAAACAAUGUCUUUAUUAGUCAGCAUUUCUAAAUUUUAAUUAGGAGCUAGUCGAUCCAUUAUUUUUUAUUUAAAAAUCACGCCCUCUUGUGUUUUUAAAGCGAUAUGCCUGAAGCGUGCUCGCCAUCAAAAUGUUUGCUUUUUAAUAACAACUCAGCGGGAGAGGAUUGAUUUUAAUAGUGUGAGUUCUUCAUAAAACUAGAAGAUCUUGUACCUUCCCAAACAAGAGGUGUGUAAGUGGUUCAUUACAAUAAAGGAAGAUUCAAAGUUAAGAGAAGGUUGAUUAGUACACAGAUUUUCAACUUCGAAAACAAUUCACAGAAUUAUGUAUGGAUAAAUUCGCACGGAUCCUUAUGUUAAUAUUCUCCGUCGCCACAAUUCCUAAACCCUCGGGCUGUUGUCCAAGGUUUGCCUAAGUGAAUUGUAGACUCCAAGUUUAAUUAAAGUCUACCAAGCGCCUGAAAUAUGUAUAUAACAAUAUCACAGUUUUACCACAUGAGGUGGGAAAUCAGGUAUUGUCCUUAAAAGGAUUCGAACUUUCUUCUACGACCUCAUAGCAGUGAUUAUCCUUCUUCAUGAAGUACAUUGCUUUUAAAAUCAGGAAUUCCAUCUUAUUAAUACAUGUGUGGAUCUUUUUAACCAUUUGUUGAGAGAAGAAAGGAAUUUUACAUUAAUCUGUUGACUGAAAUCGUUGCCUAAAUAUGUUUGAUUUAGGUAUGUUUUUUCCCUUUUUAUCUUUCUCAAUAUCCGACAUCAUCAAUCAAUGUUUAAUGGCCAAGGACAACUUAUUAACAUUACAAACUCAUUUCCUUUUCAAGCACGCAAUUUGAAAACAAAUAUUUUUUUGUCUCCCGCAGGGCGUAAAUUUUCAAAUUGAUUUUAUGGUUAUUUCUUCAAAAUGUCACAUACUUCCUUAUAAACAAUAUCUGGCGAAAACAGAAGACGAAUUUUCUGGAAAAACCCAGUGGCGCAACUGAAUUACUAUUUUGCACUCCUUCUUGAUCACAUUGUGUGUACGCCAUACCAUCUACCAAAAAUUCCAAUGAGUACCCUCCCCCCACAUUUUUGUCUCGUCUUUUUUUGGAAAGGAGGAGUCUGGGUGAAUGAAAGAUAUCGAAUUUGCCAAUCCAUGCAGAUCUGAUCACUGAAAUUCAAUGUGGCUCUGAAUAUGAAAUGUAAUAUUUAAACUUAAUUUUAAAAAAAACAACAACAAAAACAACAAAAGCCGCAAAAGGAAAAUCUUCAUUUGCUAGUUGGAAUUGAAUGAUGGAAAAUGUGGCCCCGAACUUGUUGGAGAUAGGGGAACAUUGAGCUGAAAUCAAUGGCGGUUCUUAAAUAGAAAAGUGUCAAACCAUCGUAUCCCUCGAAGAAAUAGCUGCUUUGUUAAGAUGUGAAUCUACACUCCUAGACAUUCUUGCUUGACGCAAUGUUGUCUCUCGUAUUCUAUUUUUCUUUAUUUUGUUUGAAAUUUGUGGUUUGUCUUUUGUUUUAGGUUAUCAAGGAUAACAUGGGCAAAACUUGCAAGUGCCAUGGUGUUUCUGGUUCAUGCACUGUCCGGGUUUGUUGGCGAACCAUGCCUAAGAUGGAAAUAGUUGCUUCCAUACUACGAAAAAAAUUUGAUAAUGCUGUGAAGGUGAAACUAAACAAAAACAAAACCAAGCUCACGAGGACGCCUCGAUCACGAAGAGGCCGGAAAAGGAAUACAAACAACAAAAGACCCCCGCCGGCAAGUCUCGUGUAUGCCGCUGCCUCGCCGGACUUUUGCCGAGCUGACAAGAAAUACGGAGCUCUGGGCACGGUUGGAAGAACGUGCAAUAAGUCAUCGCUUGGCUCGGACAGUUGUCGCGAGUUGUGCUGCGGACGAGGCUAUAACACUGUUAACAGAGUGAGUGACGUCAAAUGCAACUGUGCCUUUAUCUGGUGCUGUCAGGUGAAGUGUGAUUUGUGCAAAGAGGAGUGGAUCGAACACACUUGCAAAUGAGGCUGAGUGACGUUUUUGGAAAUCAAAUAUGGAUUAAAUUAUGAUGUGUUUUUACUCAUUAUCCACGUGGAUUUUAGAGUAAACAACUAGACGUUGAAUCUUCAUUUUCAUGGAACGUGUUUUGGAAAGACAGCACUGAAAAGGCGACUUUAUAACCCUUGUACAAGAUCCAGAGGACACAUAUUGACCUCCUUUGAGCCACUGUGAUGAUUGCAAAUUACUUGAAGAGGAAAACUUUUACCUGGAGCCCAAGAAUGGAUUGUUUGUUUUAAUAGUGUACAGCAGCAAGUUUUUCUCAACUACCACGCAUGUCAAGGAAAAUUAUUUCAAACUUUCUACCGGGAUCGAAAAAAUGUACUUAUCACGAUCACUUUCCAGGGAAAAUACUUCGGGAAAAAUUGUCAAGAAAAAGUUGAAAAUGUAAUUUGUGAUUAUCGUCGCCCAUUUUUUGGGAACAGACCUCGUACAACCGCCUCGUUUCUUAGAGUAGUGGUGUUUGCACAGUGUAUGUAUUUAUGAGAAGUGGUAUAGAAAUCUAAACGUCUGAAUUACUCGCAUACUUUCACCAAUUUUUUUUCUCUCUCUGAUUUAUCCUUCUCAAAUCAAUUCAGUAAAUUAAAUUCUAAGGAACAAACUUUGCGGAAGACACAACAACAGUCAACGCAGACGUCCGUCAUUCUCUCGCGCUAAAAGCUUCUCAAAGUUAGCACGACGUCACUAUCACAGUCGCGUUGCUAUGGAAUCCAAGAUUUUUUGAAAGUAUUACCCAGAGAGCAGCUGAUUUUGAACUGUCUUGUACAAAAAAUGCAAGAUUCUUAUCGAAGGAAAAAUGCCAGAAUGCACUCUUCUAACUGUGAGGAGAACAGGUUAAGUGAUAAGAGGCCUUCAAAAUAUAUUUCUUCGUGUAUAAAAGGUUUUUUCCUUCUAAUCUAAUGUCACGGGGUUUAUAACCGACACGAUGCAAAGAACUGUUUAUGAUAUAUUUCUGUGUAUACGAGCCUUUAUUUAUGAAGAUGACACCUCAGAUAGAAAACCGGUGUUUCAACACAUUGCAUUUUAGAAUAGGAUGACUAAAAUCACAAAAGAAAUGAAAUAAAUCUAAAAAAAAUUCAGUUCUUUGGCUUCCUCUUUAUUUCCGAGGUGGUUUGGUAAUCAGUGUGCUGAACCGCAGAUCGGGAAAUCAGGGCAC